UUUGCACAGUGUCAUGUGGUUACUUUAUUUGUAACCUGUUGCUUUGUUUUGAAAACUUUAGCAAUAGCUGGAUUAAAACCUUCUGCAAACAUUAAUAUUUAACUGAGGAACAAAAAUAUGAGAUAACUUUUUAACAUACAUAUAGCCACAAUGAUUGACAAUUAUCUGGUGAAUGACAUUACUAUUAUUUGCCAUUAGCUGUGACAAUUAUGACUAAAUGUUUUAAAUAAACUAAGUUAUUCUUUCUUAUUCAUUGUUAUUGUCAUCUGGAUCAUGGGAAAUACAAAUUUCCCUCUGUCAAUAUUUUCUUUAAUUUAAUUUUAAUUAAUACUCUGUGGUUGACAAUGCGGUGUAGUUAUAGUUUUUUAGUUCACCCUGGUGUUUUAACUGGCAUUACGAUGGUCUUGUCAAUAUUAAUAUCUCAAGUCAUGAAUUUUUCAUGACUGAUGGUUUAUUCAAUGACCAAAAGAUUUAUUCAAAGAUACUACAAAUAUUCUUGAAGUAUUGGUACCUAAUCAUUCUUUAUGAUGAAAAUGAUUCCAUACGUUAAAGGAUUACCCAUUAUUGGGACUUCGUUAUCUAUAUUAGCUGCUGGAUCCAGCCCAAAGCUGCAUUUGUAUAUAGAUAGAAGACAUAAAAAGCUGGGUCCGAUCUUCAAGGAGAACAUGGGAACAGUAUGUGGCACAUUCGUUGCUGAUCCGCUGGCAGCCAGGACUGUCUUUUCUGCCGAGGGAAGAUAUCCAAAACAUAUGGUACCAGAUGCCUGGAAAGUUUAUAACAAAAUAUACAAUUGUAAUAGAGGGCUGUUUUUCAUGGAGGGAGAAGAAUGGCUGAAGUACCGACAUAUAAUGAAUAAAUUGAUAUUGAAGAGGAAUUUACCAAACCAGCAAGUUCAAGAAUAUAUUAUAAGUAGUUUUAUGGAAAGUAUGGAUAACUUUGUUGGAAAACAAAUGCAUAACAUUGAGCACAAAUUUUAUCAAUUGUCAAUAAGUUUUUUUAUUGGAACUUUGAUGGGUACUGCAAUAAUUAACAAAAUGGAAUACUUUAACAAGGACAUAGAUAACUUAGCUCUUGUUGUUAAUUCCAUAUUCUCAACAACAACAAAUUUAAUGAACAUUCCAAUCAGCCUUGCCACAUCACUCAAUAUGAAGAUUUGGAAAGAAUUUACUGAAUCUGUGGAAUAUACCCUAAAGGCAGGGAGGGUACUGUUAGAAAAAAUUAAAGGCUUCCCUUUGAAUGAUGGACUACUGAAAGACUUACUGGAGGAAGACCUGGAUGACGAAGUAAUAACUGGACUUGUCAUGGAUAUGAUUCUAGCUGCAGGUGAUACUUCUGCUUACACAAGUCAAUGGGCUCUCUAUCUGCUAAGUAGAGAACCAGAAGUGGCUGAUAAAGUACGUUCUAACGAUCAGUUGGUUAGUGGUGUGGUUAAAGAAGUUCUGAGGCUCUAUCCUGCGGCAAUAUUCAUCUCUCGCUACUUGGAUAGAGAUCUAAUCUUACCAACUUUAGACUGUCAACUGUCCAAGGGGGAAUUAGUGAUGUUAUCAUUGUACACCAUUGGUCGACUUGAAUCUGCCUAUACUGAACCUCUCAAGUUCAAGCCUGAAAGGUGGAUGAGGCACGUUGACAGUAAUAGCCGUCAUUAUUUAGGUGUCAAAGAACCUAUGGCCUGGUUGCCGUUUGGUGUUGGAUCUAGAUCAUGUAUUGGUCGAAGAUUAGCAGAGGCCCAACUUCACCUCACCAUAUCUAAAAUACUUUCAAAAUACCGGCUCCAUCUCGUUGAACCUGUGGACAUGGAGUUGCGGAUGGUUCCAGUACCAACAAAACCGAUAAAAAUCAAAGUGGAUAGGCUGUAAUAUUGGUAAUGAAGAAUGAGCAUUGAUUUUUAUAUCCUGAUAAAAUUAGGAUAACAUGUUAUUGGCAUAUAAUUACUGUCUUGAAGAAUCAUCUGCGAUUUAGAUCACCAUAAUCAACUUUAACAUUGAAUGUAAAUUAUUUAAUGACUUUAGCAUGAAAAGUGAAUAAUUUUUGAUAGAAUAUUUUUGUUAGAAAUUUUUAUAAAUAUGUUAAACUAUAA